AUGGAGCUGGAGAAGAUCGUCAGUGCAGCCCUCCUUGCCUUCGUCCAGAUGCAUCUCCCUGAGGCCGACCUCAGUGGUUUGGAUGAUGUCAUCUUCUCUUACGUUCUUGGGGUCCUAGAAGAUCUGGGCCCCUCAGGGCCCUCAGAGGAGAACUUUGACAUGGAAGCCUUCACUGAAAUGAUGGAGGCCUACGUGCCUGGUUUCGCACACAUCCCCAGGAGCACAAUAGGGGACAUGAUGCAGAAGCUCUCAGGGCAGCUGAGUGAUGCUAGGAACAAAGAGAACCUGCAACCACAGCGCUCAGAGUUCCAGGGUCAGGUGCCUUUUCCCCCAGAUUCCGUCCAGCAGACUGAAAAGCUCAAAGAAGAGAUCAGGUCUUCUCCCACUGCUGCUGGGGACACCCAAGACAAGGCAGCAGGCGCUGAGGAGGAGCUGUUGCCAGGGGUGGAUGUACUCCUGGAGGUGUUCCCCAGCUGUUCAGUGGGGCAGGCCCAAUGGGCGCUGGCCAAAGCUCGGGGGGACUUGGAAGAGGCUGUGCAGAUGUUGGUAGAGAGAAAGGAUGGCCCUAAUCAGGACCUGCCCAGGCGCCUCAGAGACCCCCAGAAGGAUGAGCUGAAGUCCUUCAUCCUGCAGAAGUACAUGAUGGUGGACAGUGCAGACGAUGAGAAGAUUCACCGGCCCAUGGCUCCCAAGGAGGCCCCCAAGAAGCUGAUUCGCUACAUUGACAACCAGGUAGUGAGUACCAAAGGGGAGCGAUUCAAAGAUGUGCGAAACCCUGAGACUGAGGAGAUGAAGGCCACGUACAUCAACCUCAAGCCGGCCAGAAAGUACCGAUUUCACUGA